AUGAAAAUCCUUCGCAAAACCCAUAUCAUUUCUCGAUCCGAAGUGGCACAUACUCUGGCUGAGAGAUCAGUGCUCUCUCAAAUAAACAAUCCUUUCAUCGUUCCUCUCAAAUUCUCAUUCCAAUCCCCAGAGAAGCUAUAUCUUGUUUUGGCCUUCGUCAACGGAGGUGAACUGUUCCACCACCUCCAAAGGGAACAGCGCUUCGAUAUCAACAGGGCCCGGUUUUAUACAGCGGAAUUGAUCUGCGCGCUGGAAUGCCUACACGGGUUUAAAAUCAUCUAUCGUGACCUUAAGCCAGAAAAUAUCCUGUUGGAUUAUGCUGGCCAUAUUGCCCUAUGCGACUUUGGAUUGUGUAAGCUUGAUAUGAAAGAUGAAGACCGGACAAAUACAUUCUGUGGCACACCUGAAUAUCUCGCUCCUGAGCUCCUGCUUGGCGAGGGAUACACAAAGGCUGUGGAUUGGUGGACACUCGGAGUUCUCUUGUACGAGAUGUUAACGGGGCUUCCACCAUUUUACGAUGAGAACACGAAUGAGAUGUACCGGAAAAUCCUCCAAGAACCACUUACGUUUCCAAGCCAGGAUAUUGUUCCUGGUGCGGCGAGGGACCUUCUUACUAGACUACUUGAGGGUGAUCCAAACCGUCGUCUCGGAGCAAACGGUGCCGCUGAAAUCAAAGCACAUCACUUCUUCUCCAACAUUGAUUGGCGCAAGCUGCUCCAGAGAAAAUAUGAGCCUAGCUUCCGUCCUGAUGGAGUACUCACGGCCGAAGCACCUGUUGACUCUGUUCAUUCGUCAAACUCUUUCCUUCAUUGGGAUAUUUCGGAGAACAACAUAAUCAUCACCGAUCCAGAUAAGGCGGAUGGUCACUCGGGCAUGCUGAUCGAUCUGGAUCUUGCCAAAGAAGUCGGAAGCGGGCGAAGCGGCGCGCGGCACCAGACUGGCACGAUGGAGUUCAUGGCGAUCGAGGUGCUACUUAAUAUCGACCAUACCUAUCGGCAUGAUCUUGAGUCGUUUUUCUACGUGCUUAUCUGGCAGUUCGCCCGUAAUGGCUGGGGGAAGGAUAAGUAUUCUAAAGAUAGUAAACUUCGUGCCUGGUAUGCUGGUAACUAUGAGGACAUUGCAAACGCCAAGCUUGGCCAUAUGAGCAAAGCUGAAAACAUGGGAUUUGGAUUCAUUUUGAGGGAGUUCCCUCCAAAAUUUCGUGGCGUUUUACCACUUAGUCGGGUACUACGAGACAUUUUCUUUCCUUACAAUGACAAAGGCCUUAUUGUUGGCACUCCCCAAGACCCAAGCCGCUUAUACGACCCAAUUAUCAAGGCCUACGAUGACGCGAUCACCCAGUUUGAACUAGGAAACCUCACGCAUGAUAAAUUUAUUUAG